AAAGUUUAACAUGCUAAUGUAAUUAAUUUAAUCCUAAAAGAAUGGUCUGUCUAGCGUGCGUCUUUGGUCAAAAAAAAUUGUUAAUAUCCAAAGCUUUUAUGUCAGAUGCCAUAUUCCAGUCUUCUUCAUCUUCUCCACAAGUUCUUGCUCUCUGAUCUCAACAGCAGCAACAAUGGCAGAACCAAAGCAACACAUAGUAGUGUUUCCCUAUAUGGGUCAAGGCCAUAUCAUUCCCUUACUAGCAUUAGCCCUUCGUAUAGAGAAAACCAACAAAUACACCAUAACUUUUGUAAACACCCCUUUGAACAUAAAGAAACUCACUUCAUCUCUCCCUCCAGACUCCUCCAUUCAUCUACUUGAACUCCCGUUCAACAGCUCAGACCAUGGCCUCCCUCUUGAUGCUGAAAACAUGGAUUCUCUUCCUUAUCAUCUCUUCAUCACUCUCUUUCAAGCUUCCAUGUCUUUGAAACCCCACUUCAGGAAACUGAUCUCCAGUCUUACCCAUGAACAAAAUGGAGAAAAAAAACCAGUUUGCAUAAUCUCAGAUAUGUUUUUAGGAUGGUGUCAAGAGAUAUCUCAAGAGUUUGGAAUCUUCCAUGCUGUGUUUAUCAGUUGUAGCGCCUUUGGCUCCGCCUGUUACUACUCCUUGUGGCUGAAUUUACCUCACCGGAGUACUGAUUCUGACGAAUUUUUGCUUCCUGAUUUUCCUGAAGCUGGUACCUUCCAUGUCACGCAGUUGUCAGAAGUUUUGAGAGUUGCAGAUGGGAGUGAUCCUACGACGGCGUUUCGAAGGAAAGAGCUGCUUUCUCCCUGGAGUAAAGCUGAUGGAAUUUUGUUCAACACUGUGGAGGACAUUGACAAACUUGGAUUGAUGUAUUUUAGCAGAAAAUUCGGCCGUCAGGUUUGGACUAUUGGCCCUGUUCUCUUAUCUCCAGGAUCCCAAAUUCGAAGCAGAAGAGAUUUCGGAAUCUCCCUGGAGGAAUGUAAAAUUUGGCUUGAUGGAAAACCUUCUUGCUCCGUCCUCUAUGUGUCAUUCGGCUCACAGAACACAAUCUCUCCAUCAAAUAUGCUUCAAUUGGCAAUGGCUUUAGAGGCUUCCGGAAAGAAUUUCAUCUGGGUCCUCAGGCCACCGCUAGGCUUCGACAUAAAUUCAGAAUUUCAAGCAAACCAAUGGCUGCCUGGAGGAUUUGAAGAGAGAGUUAGAGCUUCAGGACGUGGGCUACUGGUUCAUAAAUGGGCACCCCAGGUGGAGAUUUUAUCUCAUAAAUCAUUAUCUGCUUUUUUAAGCCAUUGCGGGUGGAACUCCCUGGUUGAAGCAUUGAGUUACGGCGUGCCGAUUCUUGGGUGGCCGUUGGUGGCGGAGCAGUUUUAUAAUGUGAAGCUGCUAGCGGAGGAGAUUGGUGUUUGUGUGGAGGUUGCGAGGGGGAGGAGCUGUGAGGUUUUUCAUCAGGAAAUAAUGGAGAAAAUUGACAUGGUGAUGAAUUACGAGAGUGGGAAAGGAAAGGAAAUCAGAAAGAAAACUUGGGAGGUGAAGGAGAUGAUUAAGAAUGCUCUGAAAGAUGAAGAAAAUUUCCAGGGCUCUUCCAUGAAAGCUAUGCAUCAAUUCUUGGAUGUUGCAUUGAUGACAAGGAGAAAUGGAAAUUGAAAAUUUAGUAAAUAAGAUUAAGAAUAAAGACAUAUGCCCGUGAUGCAUAUAUGAUUCGGAGCUAGCUUGGUUUGAAUCCAUUAUUCGAUUUGAAUGAGUCAAUCUUGAGUUGUAACUCUAGCUUACUAAUUCAAUUCAAGAUUGGUUUGUUUGUUUA